AUGUAUUUCAAAAAACCUAGCAAUGUUAAUGAAUCAUUUCAUUUUGGCAAAUAUCCGGAUUGUGAGUUUAUGAUGUCCGAAGAAGCCGAAUUUCGCCCUAAAACCCUAUUUACUUUUCCAGAUGAGUUAUCCGAAACAACUUCUUGGUUGGGCAAUCAACUUCUCCUCUACACUCUCUAUCAUUUUCUACCCCUCUCAAAUGGUUCAACUCAAUAUUUUUCCACCGAAUUUAUGACAAAACGCGAUAGUUCUGGAAUUCCAGCCGGAAUGGUCGAAGAUUUCAGUGUUCCUGAAUUAUUAAAUGGUCCCGAUCAAACAAUUUAUCAUAAAUUGCCCUAUUUUGUGUCGAAUCCAUCUUUGCGAAAAGUCUCGACACCGACUGAAAUGUGUAAAAAUCCGGAUAUGAUUUACAAAAUCGGUUUUCGAAAUUUUCAAAAAUAUGUCGAACUUGGUUUACCAAUUCAAGCAAAAUGCACAGCAUGUCAACCGAUUGUUCAAGGAUUACCAACAUUUUUCUAUCUAUAUCCGGAAAGAGAUUUCAAUAUUGAAAUGCACAAAUUACCAAUUUCCAGCAGAAAAAUAUCACUGGAUCCAGAUUAUUGCACCAAAACGGAUUGUGAAAAAUCACCAAGAAUUGCGCCUCUUCAAGCAUGGAUAAUGAAUAAAUCGAUGAAACUUGCAAAAGAAAACUACACAAUAGCAACUCAAUAUAUUGGAAGAUGGAGUAAUGAGCAAACUACAAAUAAUAAUUAUCGAUUUUUGCAAGGCGAACAAGAUGGCGAAAUGUUUAUUAGUAGACCUGAUAAAUUAGGAUUUCAAGAAGGAAUAACUUUGCAAUGUGCAAUGGAAUUAGAAACUGGAAAUAAUAUGAUUGCAAGCAAUGUUUUCGUCAAUAUCGAUUUUCUCAAAGCUCUUCCAACUAAAGCGGAAGACAGAAGUGGUUUUCAUAACAAUCCGUUUAGAUAUAUGGAUUAUGAUGUUAAUAAAAAUGGACAAUUUAAAUAUCCGGUGGUUCAAUCAAUAAAAGAUAAUCUUGAGAUAUUUAUAAAUUGGGAAGAAUGGUCGUGUUGUUCAGCAUGUUGUUGUCCUUCAAGUUUAUGUGGUUAUGAGAGACAGACAGCUACGGAUUGGUGAGUUGAACUUUUGCACUCAUUUUUCAGGAUUACUGUAGAUAAAAAUUUAUUGUCUUGCUAUUUAGCUUUUCAGAAUUAGAAUUAAAGGGUUGGUUUUUAUCCUGGUGAAAAAAUCGUCUCAAAGGGCUUCUGAGAGAAUUUUCGCGCCUGUUUUUGUGGUAGGUUGUCAGAUUUUUCCAAACUACUGUGGCUCAAAAAUUCGAUUCUGUGUGUCAUUUUAUUUUUCGAAUAAAAAACCCGAGAAAUGUGUUUUUGUUUUUUCAGUGAAAAUGUGUAUUCUUCGAAAUCUCGUCGUGGCUUAUUAAGUAUUCGAAAAAUCGAUCUCAACAAAAAGUCAGGUUUCGAUGAAUAUUUGAAUAUUGCACCAUAUUCAACACGAGGAAUUCCAGCGUGGUCCACUGUUUAUCAUGGAGAAAGACAUGAAGGUGUUGCGGCAUCAAUGUUGUCGAAAUUUUACAUCAAAAACGGGUUGCGAAGAGGAAUGAAUAGUGGAGUGAUUUUGGAGUCAAAAAGUUGCAAGGAUGAUAAACAGAAAUUCAAUUGUGUUGAGUGGGCAAAAUGUCAAGGAAUUGAACUCGUGAGUUAGGGAACACUAUAAAACUAGUUAACUUUGGCAAAAAAAAACAAAAAAUUUUGAAACAGUGAAUUAUUUGUUUAUUAAACAUAAAAUAUAAAAAUAUAUAAACAAUUAGCUCUAUUGUUUUUAAAUUUUCAAAAAAAAAGUUAUCAAAAUAUUUUGAAACAGUAUUUUUUUCACUCAAAAAAUCCCUAAUUUUUUCCAGGAUGGUGUUGUCGAUUCUGACCUGGAAAAUGAAAUUGACACGUGUCAAACCCUGGAUUUCAGCGAUAUUUUGAUUGGAAAUCAAGAUGUUCAAAUUCCGGCAAUUUUGAAUGAGAAUUUUCGAAUUCGAAUUGAUCCCGAAAUUUAUGAUAUGGAUAAAACUGCAAUUGAAUGGAGAAUUAAUUUGAGAGAACCGAAAAAGUUUCGACCAGAUGUGAAUUGUCAAAUUCAAGGAAUUGUUAUGAGAAGAAAUGAGAUUUUGGUGAUUGGUAUCAAGAAUUUUAAAACGUGAGAUUUUUCGAAUUUUUUCAUUGAAGUUAAAUUUAUACCUUAAUUUUCAGAAAAAUCGAUAUGAUAACAAAUCGAAAAACGAAAAUUCGAAUAAGCUUUAGAGAUCGAAAUCAUCGAACAAGUGUUGAGAAUAUUUAUUGGACUGUUUUUUAUUGGUCAAUUGCUAUUCUUAUAUUUUUCAUUGGUCUCAUUCGAUUUGUUGUUUAUAUUCAAAAAGAGAAAAUGGAACGAGUUAAGAAAACAUUGAAAAUGAGACAAGCGGCUGUAAAAUCGACUGAGAAUUCGAAAACAUGA